UGAAGAUACGGACGUCUGGGAAGGAAACAGUGUUAGCAGGAAAGGAGAAAAGCUCAGACGAGAUGACUGGGAAAACCCAGUUCUCAGUUUCAACUACAAUGCUUCAAAUGUGAAUGACCCUUAAGACCUGUGUUCUGUGAACGGAUGUGGGAUGUCAUCUGAUGUAUCCUCUAAUAGGAGUCACAUUACGAUAAGUCUCCAGCAGAUGCAGUGCUCUCGCUAUCCUAACGACACAUGAGUAUGCCCGCUGUUGACUAGGUGUAAAAACGCUGCAGAUAAGAUGUUGCUGUGCGUCCUGUGCCUGCUCCUUGCCUGCCUUUCUCUGACUCUAGGGAAACAAUUGGACAUCUCCUGUAAGCCUUGUGUAUGUAGGGUCACACCCAAUGGAAAGUUGAUCGCCAAUUGUAAGGACAAACAUCUAUCUAACAUCCCCAAACAGAUUCCAAAUUCAGUAUCAUACCUGUGUUUGUCUCACAACAGUAUUAAGCAUCUGCCAGGUGGCUCGUUUCAAUGGUUCUCUGCUUUGGAACAUCUUGAUCUGUCUUUCAAUCAACUGAAAAGAUUGCAUGUGCACACUUUUGCAGGAGCUACAAAUCUGCUACAUUUGAACCUCAAUGGAAACCAUCUCCAACUUAACGAAUCAGCAUAUCCAGAGGGCAUAUUUAGAGAGCAGAAAAAAUUGCUUACGCUGAACAUUGCAAACAACAACAAGAUCGCAGAUUCAGUAUACCCGGAUAAACCGCUUGGUGAUCUUACUGCUCUUCAGAGACUUUUCAUUGACGGUGUUCGGAAUGCCUCGUUUGGGACUGGAUUUUCGAAACUGAAGAAUCUUACUACGCUGUCGUUAUCAGGCAAAAGGGGCCACUGCUCAGUUCAAACCCUGUUGAAUACAUCAUUUCUCUACACCCCAUCUGUCAGGAACCUGGACAUAAGCAAAUGUAGAAUCAACUUUAUUGAAGCAAGUGCAUUCUGGCCAUUAAGGCAUAUUGAUACACUCGAUAUAUCUGACAAUCAGUAUCUAGGGUUUGAUCGCAUGGGUGAAGCUAUAUAUGGACUUCGAAAUUCUUCUCUAAGCGUUUUAAAGGUCAACAGAAUAGUGACAACAUUUGCCAUAGGGGUUCACCUAAAGAAACACAAUACGAGAUACUUCACUGAUCUUAAUUUAAAAGAGAUUCAUAUUGAUGCAAAUAGAUUGGAACUCAUAGACCAGGAAUGCAUCGGUCACAUGAAAACAGUGGAAAUAAUAUCCAUGAAUCACAAUAGAGUGACAUUUGGAACCUAUCUCCUGAGUCUCGAUAGACUGACAAAUCUGCGGAAAAUUUCUGUUAUAACCAGUAUUCAUCUAAUAUCCCCUUCAAUCAAGUUGAUGCAGUUAGAGGCACAUUCCUCUCCCCCAAGCCGCUGCCCUCAUUUGAUCCCCAGCCAGUGGUUCAAUAUUCAUAUAACAGCAUCCAUGCCUGUGAACAAUUUGAGGCACAUUGCAGCCAUAGCCUUUCGUACCGUAACCAUCAUAAUAGUCCCUAUUUUGAUGUAAAAUAUAACCAAACCAGUAUCUUACGUCCUCCUUAUAAGAUACCACUACCUCCAAAU